GGACGGCCCCGACGAGCCAGGCAGUCCGGACCGGAGGGGUCGCGGCCCAGGCGCCCAGCCCGCCGCGCGUCGCUCCCGCCCCUUCGCGGCGCCAGCCCGCGGGAUUCGCAGCGGGAGCGACCGCAGGGAGAUCGCCGACGCCGCGGCAGGCAGGGAUGGAUGCCAGCGGUCUAGCCACCAGCCCUGCAGGACUUUGGAGAAAAGUGUAAACACAGGGCUGAAGGGCGUGCCCUGGGAGGAGACAGAACCUGCGCGGUCUUGGGGGCAGUCUGCUGAGUUCAAAGGAGUCUUGCUUUUCUCCUUUCUGCACCCACUCUUCAUCGUCUGGGCAACUCCUCCGCAUGUGAAGAGGGUCUUUUUUUCCACACAAAGACAAGAAGCCAUCCAUCUCCUCAGCACAGUAUUGAAAGGUGGCCAGAAGCGUUGUUUCCAAUGAGUUGCAUUUUGGUGCUGUUCGUUUUGACUUAAGUGACCCUGGUCCUGAAGUUGCUCUGUCCUUCACCUCCCAAGUGCUGGGAUUACAAGAGUGCACAACCAGGCCAGCUUUCCAAGGGCUUUUCCUGUUAGCUCCCAGCCAUGAAGGGCAGCGAAUAGACCUCACUGAGGAUGUCUGAAAACCUCGACAAGUCCCACAGAAACAAAGCAGGAGAGUCGAAGCCGAGUGACUCUGAGCAAGGCCUGGGAGGUGCUCUGGAACGUUCUGAUGAAGCCUUGCAGAAAGAAGUAAAGUCGGACGCACCUAGUCCCCAGAGAGUGGGAAGACCUCACUCUAGUCCUCCUCGGCUUGUCACUGUAGAGGAGCUUCUAGAAACAGCGAAAGGAGUCACCAACAUGGCUCUGGCCCAUGAAAUUGUGGUAAAUGGAGACUUCCGGAUUAACACUGUUGAAUUAGCAGAAGGCAGAAGAGUGUUGGAUCCUGGAACUGGAGUUAUGUAUAGAUGCUUAGAGAAGAGAGUAAAGGAGAUUGUACAUAAAGCUUUCUGGGAUUGCCUGAGUGUCCAGCUAAGUGAAGACCCCCCAACAUAUGACCAUGCCAUCAAACUUGUAGGAGAGAUCAAAGAGACUCUGCUGUCUUUCCUGCUGCCUGGUCACACUAGACUAAGAAACCAGAUAACCGAGGUCUUGGAUCUGGAACUGAUAAAACAGGAAGCAGAGAAUGGGGCCCUAGACAUUUCCAAGCUGGCAGAAUUCAUUAUUGGCAUGAUGGGAACAUUGUGUGCACCUGCUCGAGAUGAGGAAGUGAAGAAACUAAAGGACAUUAAGGAAAUAGUGCCUCUUUUCAGGGCAAUAUUUUCUGUGUUAGACCUAAUGAAAGUAGACAUGGCCAACUUUGCUAUCACUAGCAUUAGGCCGCACCUCAUGCAGCAGUCUGUCGAGUAUGAGAGGAAGAAGUUUCAGGAGGUCUUGGAGAAGCAGCCAAACUCCCUGGACUUUGUCACCCAGUGGCUGGAGGAGGCCUCAAAUGACCUUCUGACUCAGAAGUACAAACAUGCCCUGCCGGCUGGGGGAGGGGCUGCUGGCUCAGGGGAUGCUCCAGUGCUGACCCCUGUUUCUGUCCAGAAUUAUGCCUACCUGAAGCUGCUGAAAUGGGACCACUUCCGGAGACCUUUCCCCGAGACCCUUUUGAUGGACCAGUCUCGUUUCCAAGAGCUCCAACUGCAGCUGGAGCAGCUGGCCGUCCUGGGAGCGGUGUUGCUCGUCACAUUCAGCACCGCUGCACCUGGAAUCUCUGGCCACGCUGACUUUGCUGAGAAACUCAAGAUGACGGUGAAGAUUCUGCUAAUGGACAUGCAUCUGCCUUCCUUCCAUCUGGAAGAUGCUCUGACGUCCAUUGGGGAGAAAGUGUGCCUGGAGGUGAGAAGCUGCCUCUCCCUAUGUGGAUCCUCUCCAUUCUCCACCAAUAAGGAGACUGUGCUCAAGGGCCAGGUUCAGGCCCUGGUCAGUCCUGAUGACCCAAUUCGCAGGAUCGUGGAGUCCCGAAUUUUGACCUUCUUGGAGACAUACCUUGCCUCUGGUCAUCAGAAGCUACUGCCUACGGUGCCAGGGGGCUUGGGUCCCAUUCAGAAAGAGCUGGAAGAAAUUGCAGUGAAAUUUGUGCGCCUGGUCAACUAUAACAAGAUGGUAUUCUGUCCUUACUAUGACACAAUCCUCAGUAAGCUCCUUCUCCGCCCCUGAGGCGCACGGCUGCCGCAGCACCCCCUCAUGUCCUCAGAAGCCCGCUGUCGCAGUGCCCUGCUGUGGAGAAUGGCAUGGGGUACGCUCCUGUGUAACAGCACUGGUUCCGUUAAACACACGAAGACCAUAGUGAGUGUGUCGCUGAAGGACUCACGGAAGGGCGCACUGAGCUCUGUUCCGUAUUUACAAGUGCAGGUUUACAAACUCAAGAAGCUUUUGUUCUCUUGAGUUUAUAGGUAGCGUCUAGCUGUGAUCAGUUGACUGCCACUGUCUCUGCUCCUGCUGCAUCAGCUUGGAGAAGCCAGCUCUCCAGGGAGCCUGGGACCUCUCUUGUGGGUCAUUCCUUCUCAGAUAGCCCAGGCUGGCACGUAAGCCAUGACUUGUUCCCUUGCCCCCCCUUACAGCAUUCCUCCCGGCAUUCUUUCCCGGGACCGUUUUUUGGGUUUUUUCCAAGACAAAGUUUCUCCAUGUAGCCCUAGCUGUGGAACUAGCUCUGUAGUCCCAGCUGGCCUAAACUCACAGAGAUCUGCCUGCCUCUGCCUCUGCCUCCCCAGUGCUGGCAUUAAAGGUGUGCACCACUAAUGCCUGCCCCUUGUUGGUGUUUUAUGACCAGGCUGUCUAUAGCCUUACAGUGUCCUGUUCCACCCCUUCCCCACCUCCAUCCGUUGCUUCUUAGGUCCGGCCUAGCCAGUGCUCCGAGCCCUUUUGUUCUUCAGCAGAGUUACUUUGAUAAUAUAUUUUGUCUAAUUUAUUAUUAUUAUUUUUGAAACAGCAUCUCUCUCUCUCUCACACUGGCCUAGAACUUGCUAUGUCGAACAAGCUGACUCCAGACUUGUAUGAAUCCUCCUGCCUCUACUUCAUACAUGCCAAGGUUAGAGGCCUUUGCCACCAUACCCAUUGGAUAGAACUUGAUUUUUAAAAGCUUGUUUUGUUGAUUGGGAUGUAGUACAGUGGUUAGUGAUUGUCUAUUAUGCACAAGGCCCUGGGAUCCAUCUCUUGCAUCUGAACAAUGAAAGAUACACACAUACACACACUAGGCAUUGAGAAGUCAUAAGCCCCUGUAGCUUCAGUUACUUGAAAGGUAGGAAGGGUGUUUUUGCCCAAGUAUUAUUAUUAUUAUUAUUAUUAUUAUUAUUAUUAUUAUUAUUUGAGACAGGGUUUCUCUGUAGCUUUGGAGCCUAUCCUGGCUCUUGUAGACCAGGCUGGCCUCAAACUCACAGAGACCCACCUGCCUCUACCUCCCAAGUGCUGGGAUUAAAGGCGUGUGCCACCACCGCCCGACUUAAAGAGUUCAUCUUAAAAGAACAAGGAUAGGGCCGGGCAGUGGUGGCACAUGCCUUUAAUCCCAGCUCUUGGGAGGCAGAGGCAAGUGGAUUUCUGUGAGUUUGAGGCCAGCCUGGUCUGUAAUGUGAGUUCCAGGACAGGCUCCAAAACUACAGAGAAACCCUGUCUCGAAAAACAAAACAAAAUAAAAAAACAAACCCAACAACAAAAAGAACAAAGAAGAAUACUGUCCCUUUGUCCUUGCUACAGCAGUGCUCCUGAGUCAGAAUGGCAGCAGCUGAGGCUUAUGGAGCCAGGCAUGGUGACAUGUGCCUGUAAUCUUAGCUCUAGGGAAGCCGAGGCAACAGAACUGCAAACUGAAGGCUAACCUGGACUACAUAGGAAAAGCCUCAUUCAAAAGCAAGACUUGCUGGGCAGUGGUGGCACAUGCCUUUAGUCCCAGGACUCGGGAAGCAGAGGCAGGUGAAUAUCUGUGAAUUUGAGCCAUCCUGGUCUACAGAGCAAGUUCCAGGACAGCCAGGCCAGGGCUACAGAGAAACCCUUCUCAAAAAAAAAAAAACCACAACACCGAAAAGAUAGAUGUAUAUAGUUUAGUAUAACAGGAAGGAGAAUAACUGAAUAAUCCACUGUAAUAAUCCAGAUGAGCUGACAGGAUUCUAAUCAGAAAUUAGAUUUAAGUGUUCCGGGUAGAAUAGCCCAACCUCACUAAUCUAGGGGAGAAAGACAAGUCCCCAGUAUUUGAGCAGAAUUUAAGGAAUUUGAGUGACCAGAAUUCCUAACACACCAUGUGACCAAGAGAAUGCUUCGGAUGUGGUUUAGAUGAUCUGUUAGAAAAAGCCAGGCGGUGGUGCGGUGGUGGCAAACGCCUUUAAUCCCAGCACUUGGGAGGCAGAGCCAUAUGGAACUCUAGGUUUGGGGCCAGCCUGGUCUACAGAGCAAGUUCCAGGACAGCCAGGGUUAAACAGAAACCCUAUCUUCGAAAAACAGAAUAUUUUCUGCACGGCUGGUGUAUUUUAGAGAGGAGUGCUGUAGUAGAAGCAGAGCCGUGGCGUUGGAGUGCUCUCCCGCCAGACUCCCUGGACAUUCACGCUGACACUCCCCACUGGUGACAGAUGCAGAGUGCACAGUGACCCUGGCCGGGGAGCACACCUAACACCCAACACUUCAAGGCAGAGGCCGAGGCUAGCCUGGGUUACAUUGCAAGGCUUCACCUGGAAAAGAAGAGGAAAGAAUGGCUGAAGUGAGGAUGACUUCUUCAAAGAUGUGCGACCAGCGGCUCUAGAGCUGGUUUGUUUCCCAGUGAAAUAAUGUGCAGGGCGUGGGGAGCCACCUUUAAUCCAGCACUCCAGAGGCGGAGGGACUUCACAAGUUCAAGGCCAGGCUGCUCUACACAGUGACUUUCCAGGCUGUCAAGGGAUGCAUAGUGAGACCCUGUCCUAAAAACAAAUAAAGUGUGCUAUGUUAUGUGCUCA